GGGCGUGACAUAACGGUAACUGCCACCGGAGGAGGGGAUGCGAGAAGAGACCUACGCAUCACCGGGCACGGGACACCUCUUGCGCGCACACCAUCCAGAAUUUAAAUAUUCCGUCCGCACUCUCACUACUACAGUAUUCAAGGCGCGGCUCGAACUAUAACAGAAAACAGGUGGAAAGGAGAUAGACAAGCAAAAACUUUUCACAACUCAGAGAUUGUGUUUACUGAUUCUGCCGCGUAAAAGGAACAUAGGUAGAUAGACCUAAUUGGAAGGAUAACGACAGCAGGUGUAGUGAGAAAGGGUAGGCAGCAAGAUAACUUUAGCCUUUCGACACACGCACCCAAAGGAUUCUUAGUAUUUUCGCCAACAGAAACGUAUUUAUUUAGGAAUCAAAAUAAUCCACAAAAUCUUUUUUUUUCAAGAUGGCAAACUCGGGAAUUCAACUUUUAGGAUUCGCCCUGUCACUCGUCGGUGUUAUUGCACUCAUUGUGGGGACCAUUCUGCCACAGUGGAAGAUGUCUGCGUACAUAGGAGACAACAUCAUUACGGCGGUUGCCAUGUACAAAGGAUUAUGGAUGUCAUGCGCUUUUCAGAGCACAGGGCAGCUCCAAUGUAAAAUAUACGACUCGAUCCUGCAGCUCGACAGUGCUCUCCAGGCCACCCGUGCCCUGAUGAUCGUUGGCAUCAUCGUAUCCAUCGCUGGGCUGGGCGUGGCCACCAUGGGCAUGAAGUGUACCACCUGCGGAGGGAACAACAAAGUGCGCAAGUCUCGGACCGCCAUGACUGGAGGCAUCAUCCUACUGAUUGGAGCUCUGUGUGCAGUAGUGGCCUGUUCGUGGUUCGCUCACAAUGUCAUCCGGGCCUUCUAUAACCCUUAUACUCCUGUCAACACCAAGUUUGAGUUUGGAGCAGCCAUCUUCAUUGCCUGGGGAGGUUCUUUCCUGGACGUGCUGGGGGGAGCCAUGCUGGCAUCUUCCUGCCCCAGGAGUAAAAAGCCGGUGCCCAAAUACCCCGCCAUGAGUGGCGUGAGCGCCCGCUCACCCCCCAGCAGCACCAAGGAGUAUGUGUGAGUGCCCUCUACUGCCGAUAACCGGAAUAACAGAAGCUUGAAUAUGAAAGAGUUUGUACAUGGAGUCGAACGUGACUAGUCUGUUGUACUUUUGGGGCGAAAUUUUUGUGUCGCAAAAGAGCACAGAUAUGUAUAAGAAAUACCGUAAACUUCAUUAUAUUCUGGCACCGUGAUUUAAUCUGAAACUUUUCUUCAACAAUGUGUAUUAAGGAUGCUGUUAUUUAACUAGAGUUUCGUAAACUGAGCAAUGCAUAAAGAGUAACGCAUGAGUUUCAAAUUAAACCAGCUGCCAGAUUAUGAGAUUUACUGUAUUUUUUUGUUGCACAGAUCUGUGCUCUUUUGGACAGCGUAAAUGUUGCCCAUGAAGUUUGCAUUUGGGGGGCAUAUCGGGAUAGUAUGACAGGAUGACAAAAAAAGAAAGAAUUACUGGAUGUGAAUAUAGUUUUACAGAGCAGACCGCCCGACCCCCACCCCAACAAGACUCUAUCAUGCAGUAGUUUGUUUUUGAGUGACGUCUCUCACCCCCUCCCAACAUUCCACAAUUGUUUAUGAAUUUAUGAGUGGGCCUCACAAAUACACUGUAAUUGGUUAUUGGAUGCGCCUUAUAUUAACAGACCAUGUCUUAGGGUGUAUGUUCUCGUAUUACACACACACACACACACACACACACACACACACACACACACUUCUCGUAUUACAGCCAAGAUGCAGUAUCAUGGCAAACACUCUCACCCCCCUGUAAGAAACACUGUGCAUUUAAUUUAGCAUUUCCAUUGUAAUUGAAGGUAAUAAAUUAAACUCGGUGUGGCGCUAAGGGCAUACUUUUGGCAUACUCAGGGGAUAGCUAUGUAUGUAUAAUAGCAAAAGGGACUAGCGCGCCACCAGUUCUUUUACAAUGGAGUUUUCUGUCGACACAACUGUCUCCAAUGGCGUUCCACUUUCAAGCCAAGUGUUGACAUCACACUAGUUGUGAGUGACUGCAUACACUAUGGUGAAUCCCCGAGCAAUUCACUACUGCACUCCAAAAGGGAGAGGGCUUUUCAUACAGGCCUGCAAUAUACUCUAUCCCAUUAUAAAUUAUCUUUCGCCACAGUCAUUCUUAACAGGUGCCUUGACUAUUACUAUUACAUAGGAGUGGUUGUUUUUAUUACUGUAAUACACAAUAUAUAUUAUUAUCAUCAAACAGGUUUUUAUUUAUGUGUUUGACCAUGCUCUGUUCUGAUGUCCACACUAUUAUUCUACUUAGGACGGCGCAAUAUGUUUGGAAUGCAUUCUAUAUAGUAUGCUAGUGUUGAGUUCUGGUUGUAGCCUCUGUUUGUGUUUUAAAUGUAGCAGAAUAUGGUAGUACCAUUCCCAAGUGCUAGUGUACUCUUGUGUUUUUGCUUUUAGCUUUAGAUAGCAAUGAAUAAUAUUUGAUGUUUGAUAUUUGUGAUCACGGAGAAAGCUCAACCAUCCUGCCUUUGACUGAAAAGAUGCUCAGGGGAAUUUUAACCCUGGGUGCUUUUGUAUUAGGUGAUGUUGUAAGCAUAGAAAUACAAUUAUUAGAUAGUAAUAGUAACUAGAUUACUAAAUAGUAAUUAUAUUUCUAUGGUUGUAAGAUGUUCAAAAGGUUUCUAGAAAUGUGUAUUUUAAUAAAUGGCCAUGUAGCUUACUACAUAAUACAUGUUCUUCUACAAUUUGUAUAUCUAGCCCGUUUUUCUUUUAUUGAAAGUUUAUCCAAUGGUUCUUGUUUUCUCAUAACAACAGUUGAAAUGCAAUGUUAUAACUGUCAAUAUCCCAAUAUGGAACAUCUCUGAUAAUAAAAUACACAACAGGAAUAUAAUACAACGGGUGAUGUGUGUUCUUUGUCGU